AUGGAUUUGCAGAGCUUGCGAGACCACUGCCUGAUAAUCGUCGGAAGUGGCGGUGAGACAGACGAGCUGCUGGCAAGACGGCGGAUAGCCGCUGGAGGUCGGCUCGUGCAUGUGCUGACUCGUGGAGUGGACGAUGAGCGGGUGAGCAUAUUCGCCACGGACAGGCUCAGCUCGUGUUUCUUCUGGCUACCACCUCAGGCAGAAACCUCGAGCUUCGGAAAGCGCCUUGGUCCAUCUUUUCGGACUUACUGGAGCAAGACUGGCCCAGACGCAGUACGUCUUGGUGAGCGUCAGACGUUGCAGAUUUACAUGCAAUAUGGGCCUGAGGAGCACUCACAGCACAUUCGCAUUCUGGACCAGGAAGACAGCGCCGUGGUAGAGAUUUCGGGGCACGUCGUCCUGAAUCCAGACAUGAAAGUCGCACAGGAGUUAUGUGUCGAUGUCGCGAACCUCGAGCUUAAGGCGUGUGGGACUUUCACAUGGCGGUACGUCCUACUCUCGAUGACCCUCUUGUUUGUGUGGCAUGUAAUACGGUGGGCAGCCAGUAUGGAGUUUGAACAGCGAGCACACUUGGGUCAGUACCCGUGGUGGCGUGGUGCCUUUGUCCUCGUGAAUGGACUGAUCUUUUGCGUAGAAGGAUUGUUUCAGAGCUGGGCCGAUAGCCUUGCGGGCGAAAGACCCACGCGGCUGACCAACAUGACUGGUGUGCUUCUUUGCGUGGUUCUUGUGCUGUGCUCAACUGGGCUUCAACUUGCAGACUACCCGCAGUCUCUAGUCGGACUUUCCGGCCUCUUCAUUGCGGGACCCACGUUGCUCUACUACCUCACGCGCGCAAGGCACACAAAACGCCAGUUCGUUCCCUGCAUGCUCUGGACUUCCGCCCAGCUUCUGAACACCGUCGGAAACUCCAUGUGCCAAGCGAGUGUUGUGGUGAUGUACAUGAUGCUGCUUGCGAACGGCCAGGGCUGGGCAGCCACCAUGUUCAUGCCGGUAGCAACAGCAACGGUAGAGGCCGGCGGGGUGCUCGGUACGAAGCUGAUGUAUGAGCGGCUAGUUUUGACAAAGCGUCCGGCAGUGCCGGGUGACAUAGCACGUGUUGCAAUGCCCUACAUGCUGAUCUCAGCCCACGUCUUCGCGGAGGGGGCACGGCUGAUCUCACUAUUUAGCGGUGCGGUAGCAUCAGGCCAAUUUAGCUGGAUUCAGUCCGCGGCGUUGACGCUUGGCAUGAACCUUUGUACUCGCCUGGGCUGGACAAAGUAUUUGGCUUUUCGUGGUCUGAAUCUCUUCUGCCCACGUCUCGCAGCCGCCUUGCUACCAACCGGCUGGGACAAGUUGCAUGAUGAGGUGAAGGUCUAUGGAGGCUACUUCCGCUUCAUCGUGGUCUUGUCUCUAGCAGUAGCAAGGGCUAUCAUCUACGGUGACAUGGUGCUGGAAGGUCCCAAAGCUCCCGCCUUCAACGCAUCCGCCGCCUGUGCACUUGUCACCACGCUCGUGCUAGAGAUGGUGGAGGAUGAGGUAGUCGUCAAGGAGCUGCUGCCUAUGAGCCCUAUCACCACGGAGAUGCUCGAGGCAGAUGUGCUGAGGAACAACGCCAAUCCGGGGAGGCUCAUCAGCGUGGAGAGGAGGCUUGAUAUGGUGCAUGUCAAUGGAGUCUGGCGGACGGCUGAGGUCAACGAGCGGGGUAACCGGUCCGCAUCUUCACUGGACGCUGUCUUCCCGAAGAAAGCUCCUGAGGAGAUGAUAGGCCACUGCCAUUCGAUGGGGCCUGAGGAGACGACAGGCUGCCAUUCACUGGGCUCCCGUCGGACGUCGCUCCGCUCCCGCUUCCGGCGGGUGCUCGGCCAAGAGCGGGCCGUUAUCCCGGCCCUCACUCUACAUGGUCUGCGGGAGAUGCCUUUCAUGGUCCAGCUCGCAGCAGUAGGAGUUAGUUGCGAGGUCAUUCUCUCCUUCGUCAACGCAACCCUGAACCCGAGCUUCGUCCGGGGAUUCUGCGAAGUAUCACCUGAUUUUCGUCCCGUCGUGAUGGUGUGGUGGCCAGUGCCGCUUGAGUGUUGA